AUGAACUUAAUCCAAGAAGAAGCAGAAAAACAAAAGACUCAGAUAAAGUCUAUGGUUGAAAAACAUAGGAACAGUUUAAAAGCAAAGAUGAACAUCAUUCGUCAGCUUGAUGAAGACUACGCUAACCUCAUACAACAAGGCGAAGUCGUGAAGAGAGAUGUUCAAAAACUUGCUGAAUAUUUGAUUGCCGUCAUUGAAGCGAAGAAACAAAGUAUUUUCUCAGCGGUUGAAAACCAAACAACCAAAUCGCUUGAAAGUCUGACAAAGCGUAAGACCAAGAUCGAGGAACAAACAACGGUCAUAGAAUCGUCGCUAGAAAAGGCUGAAAAACUUCUAACGCGAAGUAUAAACGCUGAAGUAGUGCAAAUCAAAAAUUCAUUGGAGACAAUCUUCGCAGGAGUUGAUCAAACCGACCCAAUUGAUGGUGACCUUGAAGGUCUUCUAGUACGUUUAACUUUCGCGGAAAAUCAAAAGCUGGUAAACAUUGUCACCACCGAAGAAAUUGGUUAUUUGGAAAUUCUGCACCCAACAAAAGCAAGCAAAGGACUCGAGGAAGGAACUGUUGGAGAUGAAGCACAAUUUGUUCUGACGACAAGAAACGCUCAACCAAGACAGUGUUACAACAAAAACGACCAUGUAACGGUAGAGAUCAGGGACGAACAAGGACGAGAAUGCGCGACGGAAGUACGAGUAAAUGACAAUAAGGAUGGAAGCUACACGAUCAGCUGUUCUCCAAACGAACAAGGCAGAUACAAAGUGACAGUAAAGGUAAACGGAGGACAUAUUCUCGGCAGUCCUUUCACCGUUAAAGGACAGCUUUUUCAGGUCAGACCUGCAUUAUCUUUUGGAAAAGAAGGUUCGUUUGUCGGAAUGUUUCAGUAUCCCUGGGGGGUGGCAGUAAAUGCCAGGGACGAGAUAGCUGUAACUGACUGUGAGAACCACAGAGUUCAAAUCUUCAGUUGUUAUGGAAAUUACUUAAGAUCCUUUGGUCGGAAAGGUAACAAAAAGGGGGAAUUUAACUUUCCAGCGGGAAUAGCAUAUUCUGAAAAUAUUUUCGUGGUUGACUAUGUUAAUGCUAGGAUCCAGAUUUUCAGUGGGGAGGGUGAGUACGUAAGUUCGUCUGGCGGGGAGGGAAGCCUUGAUAGUCAGCUCUCUGAUCCUUGUGGUUUAUCUGUAGGUAGUGAUGGAAAUAUCAUUGUUGCUGAUACGGGUAACAAACUGAUUAAGAUCUUUUCUCCUGAUGGCAAAUUUCUAAGGAAGAUAGGUGGGCAGGGCGUUUUUAGUCAUCCUAUCCACUGUGUUCAGCGUGAUAGAUAUCUCAUAGUGUCAGACUACAGUGAACAUUGUCUGAAAGUUUACGACAGGAAUGGCAACUUUAAGUACAAGUUUGGAAAGCAGGGCGGAGGGGACGGGGAGUUUAAUAAUCCCAAAUGUUUGACAGUGAACAAGUCAGGACACCUGAUGGUCUGUGAUUAAGGUAAUCAUAGAAUACAAGUAUUUCAACUAAAUGGAAAGUUUGUUGGCAAGUUUGGAACAAAGGGCAGUAAUUUAGGAGAAUUCCAAUCUCCAAGGUCUGUGGCAGUUCUAAGUAGUGGC